AUGCGUGCGCUUCAGUACCUUCUGCUACUGCUCGUCAUCUCCGUCGGCUUGGCGGCAGCGGUGCCUCGCCAGCGUCGUCAGAUCGAUCUCACGGUUUCGGCGGAGCACGACGACAACGAUGAGGAGACGGAACUGGCUCUGGAGGCCAUCGCCGGGCUGUGGAGCAGUGCGGACAGUCGGACGAAGAUCGAUGGCUCUGCCAGCCUGGUGCAUCGCACACAUGGAACACAAUCGGGUUCGGAGCAGGACUUUCGCGUGGGCGUGCGUAUUACAUUCGACAAAUAGAGCCGGGCAUUCCAGACAUCAGCAGGAGGGCGGCCGCGGACAAAAUCGAGCGAUUGCGUGUGGAGACGGCCACUGUAUAAACAAUCCCACUGACGAUAGAUAACAUUUUGACCUUCUCGGGUUUGGCUUUGUUGGAAAUAUAUAGAAACUUUGUGAAAAUACAA